GGAAGUAACAGCCCUCCGCAGAGGAACUGGAAGGGAAUUGCUAUUGCGCUGCUGGUGAUUCUAGUUGUUUGUUCACUCAUCACUAUGUCUGUCAUUCUUUUAACCCCAGACGAACUCGCAAAUUCGUCAGAAACCAGGUUGUCCUUGGAAGACCUCUUCAGAAAAGAGUUGAUAGCUCACAAUCCAGAAGCCAAAUGGAUUAAUGAUGCAGCAGUGGUGUAUAAAACCAGGAAUGGACAUGUUGUUGAACUGAAUGUAGAAACAAAUACAACUACAUUAAUACUGGAAAAUACAACUUUUGUAACAUUCAAAGCAUCAAGAUACUCUGUUUCACCAGACUUAAGAUUUGUUCUCCUUGCAUAUGAUGUUAAACAGAUACAUUUCAAAUCAAGUAAGCAUCCAGUAUCUCCUUUCUUACUGCUUGCAUAUCCCAAAAAACAAGUUUUUCAUUACUCUUACACAGCUUCCUAUGUGAUUUAUAACAUACACACAAGGGAAGUUUGGGAGUUGAACCCUCCAGAAGUAGAGGAUUCUGUUUUACAGUAUGCUGCCUGGGGUGUCCAAGGACAGCAACUGAUUUAUAUUUUUGAAAACAACAUCUACUAUCAGCCUGAUGUAAAGAGCAGCUCACUGCGCCUGACAUCUUCAGGAAAAGAAGGAAUUAUUUUUAAUGGAAUUGCAGACUGGUUAUAUGAAGAGGAACUUCUUCAUUCUCACAUUGCCCACUGGUGGUCUCCAGACGGUGAAAGACUGGCAUUCCUCACCAUAAAUGACUCUCUGGUACCAAACAUGAUUAUUCCCCGGUUUACUGGAGGUCUGUAUCCAAAAGGAAAGCAAUAUCCCUAUCCUAAGGCAGGUCAAACAAACCCAACAAUAAAGCUGUUUGUAGUUAAUCUGUAUGGACCAGCACAUACACUGGAACUGAUGCCACCUGACAGCUUUAAAUCAAGGGAAUAUUACAUCACCAUGGUGAAAUGGAUAAGCAACACCAAGGCUGUAGUGAGGUGGUUAAACAGACCUCAGAAUAUCUCCAUCCUUACAGUUUGUGAAACCACAACGGGGGCUUGUGCCAGGAAAUAUGAAAUGCAGUCAGACCUGUGGCUCCCUAAACAGAAUGAAGAACCAGUGUUCUCCAAGGAUGGCAGUAAGUUCUUCAUGACUGUCCCAGUGAAGCAGGGAGGCAGGGGAGAAUUUCACCACAUAGCUAUGUUUAUUGUUCAGACUAAAAGUGAACAAAUCAGUGUGAGACACUUGACAUCAGGAAAUUGGGAAGUUAUCAAAAUCCUGGCAUAUGAUGAAAAUACUGAAAAGAUUUAUUUCUUAAGCACUGAAGAAUCCCCAAGAGGAAGACAGCUGCACAGUGUAUCAACAGUGGGAUCACUGAAUCGUCAGUGUCUCUCAUGUAACUUCUUGAAAGACCAGUGCACAUACUUCAGUGCAAAGUUUAGCCCCUUGAAUAGGCAUUUUAUACUCCACUGCAAAGGGCCAGGUGUUCCAGUUGUUAGUGUGCACAGUACAAGUAAUACAGCAAAGUUUCAUAUUUUGGAAAGUAAUGCUGUGUUGAAAGAAGUCGCUCUGAAGAAAAAGAAUUUCAGAACUGAAAUUAAAAUGCUUCACAUUGAGGAUUACGAACUCCCUUUACAGCUGUCACUGCCAAAAGAUUUCACGGAUCGAAACCAGUAUGCCCUUCUAUUACUAAUUGAUGAAGCUCCAGGCAGCCAGUUGGUUACAGAUAAGUUUCACAUUGACUGGGACUCAGUGCUUGUCAACUCUGAUAAUGUCAUCGUAGCUCGAUUUGAUGGCAGAGGGAGUGGAUUUCAAGGCCUUAAGAUUCUACAGGAGGUCCACCGCUGCUUGGGAUCAGUGGAAGUGAAGGACCAAAUAGCAGCUGUAGAAUCACUACUGAAACAGCCAUUCAUUGAUCCUAAGAGACUGAGUAUAUUUGGAAAGGGAUAUGGUGGCUACAUUGCAUCAAUGAUCCUGAAAUCCAGUGAACGGCUUUUCAAGUGUGGAGCUGUGGUGGCACCUAUUACAGACAUGAGGUUGUAUGCAUCAGCUUUUUCAGAACGAUACCUUGGUUUUCCAUCAAAAGAGGAAAAUACCUAUCAGGCAUCCAGUGUGUUACACAAUCUCCAUGGUUUAAAAGAAGCGAAUUUGCUAAUAGUUCAUGGGACAGCUGAUGCUAAAGUCCACUUUCAGCAUUCAGCAGAACUAAUUAAACAUCUAAUAAAAGCUGGAGUUAAUUACACUAUGCAGAUCUACCCGGAUGAAGGUCAUACCAUUGCAUCUGAGAAAAGCAAAUAUCACCUUUACAGCACAAUCCUUGGGUUUUUUAGUGCUUGUUUAAAGGAGGAGACGCCAAUUUUACCACAGGAACCUGAAGAGGAUGAAUAA